GUUGUUGCUUCCUCUUUUUCCCUCCUGCAACUCUUUCUUUCUCCAAUUGCUUUGGGUACUCUUGUUCUCCAGAAGAAGUGAGUGAAAGAAGUAGAUCUUUUAUGACAAGGCUUCCUUUUGAUCAUAAGUUUAUUGGGGGUUUUCAAUAAUCCUUGCAACUAAUUUCUCUUACAGUUUAUGUCUCAUGGAGCAGCAUUACUUCAGUUUGUUCAGCUUGAUGCUGUUUUCUGCACUGAUUGGAACCACUUUCAGCUACCAAGAUGGCUUCUUGAGCUUAACAUGCGGUGGAACGACAAGCUACGUGGAUUCUUCUAACAUUUCAUGGACACCAGAUGGAUAUUACGUUACCAUUGGCAACAUGACUACUGUUGUUUUUCCUGAGGGAACCUCAUCAACCAGCCUCCCAGUCCGAUUUUUCCCAGAUUCUGCCGGCAGAAAGUGUUACAGGCUCCCAAUACAAAACACCUCAUCUUUAGUUCUUGUUAGGACUCGAUUUGUGUACAAGAACUACGAUGGGCUUGGAAAGCCCCCUGUUUUCUCUGUCUCUCUUGGGACACUUAUGACAACUACGGUAAAUCUUGCUCAUACUGAUCCCUGGAUUGAAGAAUUUAUAUGGCCAGCGAACAAGGAUAUUCUGCCGUUGUGUUUCCACUCGAUUCCUAAUGGUGGAUUCCCCGUUGUUUCAUCACUUGAACUCCGGCCUCUUCCUCCAGGAGCAUAUGUUAGUGCAUUUGGAGAUUCCAAUGAUAAGCUGCUCAGAAAGUCAUACCGUAUUAACUGUGGAUACAAUGAUGGACCAUUAAGGUACCCUUUGGAUCCAUACGAUCGAAUAUGGGACGCUGAUGAGGAUUUCUCUCCUUACCAUGUGUCUGCUGGUUUUGAUGUUGAAAGCAACUUUAGUUUGUCAAACAUUAAAGAGAGCCCUCCUGUUGCUGUUCUUCAGACUGCUCGAGUUUUAGCGAGAUGGAACAAUCUUGUAUACAGGUUACCUCUAGAUAAUCAAGGAGACUACCAUGUUGUGCUCUACUUUGCAGGAAUUCUGCCCGUGUCCCCUUCAUUUGAUGUAAUAAUUAAUGGAGAAGUCGUUCAAUCAAACUACACGGUGAUGCAGUGGGAGGCUAACAGUCUGUUCUUUACUGUAAAAGGAAUCAGGACUUUGAACAUCACCUUGAAGACAAUCAGCUACUAUCCUUUAGUGAAUGCUCUUGAGGUUUAUGAGAUUCUUGAUAUUCCUUUGGAAGCUUCUUCAACUACAGUUUCAGCGCUUCAGGUUAUACAACACUCAACCGGCCUGGAUCUGGGGUGGCAAGACGACCCAUGUUCGCCUAAACCGUGGAACCACAUCGGGUGUGAUGGAAAUCUGGUCACUUCAUUGAAACUUUUUGAUGUUGCGUUGAGGACAAUUAGUCCUACAUUUGGUGAUCUGCUGGAUCUUAAAGCACUAGACUUGCAUAACACUUCGCUAGCUGGGGAAAUACAGAACUUGGGUGGACUGCAGCAUCUUGAGAAACUGAACUUGAGCUUCAAUCAGAUAACAUCCUUUGGUUCUGAGUUGGAAGAUUUGAUCAACAUUCAAGUCCUAGACCUACAUAAUAAUAGUUUGGAGGGAGCCGUACCAGAAAGUUUGGGAGAGCUAAGAGACCUUCAUUUACUCAAUCUGGAGAACAAUAAGCUACAAGGGCCACUCCCACAAUCGUUGAACCGUGAAAGCUUAGAAGUUAGGACAUCAGGGAAUUUGUGUCUUUCCUUCUCACUAACAUGUAAUGGCCUUUCUCGGAAUCCUUCACUUGAGACUCCACAGGUCACUAUAUUUACCCCAAGAAAGCGCAAAAACCAUAGCCAUUUAGCAAUUCUACUCGGAGCAGUUGGAGGAGCUGUUCUUGCCCUUUUCGUUAUUUCCUUCUCAGCCCUCUUAUACUUGAAGAGAAAGAGAGCUGAAAAAACCUACACACAGAGACAUGCAAUAGAUAUGCAAAGCUGGAACUCCGCAAGAGUCUUCACCUACAAAGAGAUAAAAGCGACCACAAACAACUUCAAAGAGGCCAUUGGUCGUGGCAGUUUCGGUUGUGUAUACAUUGGCAAGCUCCCAGGUGGCAAAUUAGUAGCUGUUAAAGUCCGGUUUGAUAAAACUCAGCUGGGGGCCGAUUCUUUCAUCAACGAGGUCUCUCUUUUAUCACAGAUUCGACACCAGAAUCUUGUGUCGUUGGAAGGGUUCUGUUGCGAGUCAAAGCAGCAGAUUCUUGUUUAUGAAUACUUACCGGGAGGAUCAUUGGCUGAUAACCUUUAUGGUGCAAAUAGCAAGAAACUGACACUGAGUUGGGUUCGGAGACUGAAAAUUGCUGUUGAUGCUGCAAAAGGCUUGGACUACCUGCACAAUGGAAAUGAUCUACGUAUAAUCCACCGGGACGUGAAGAGCAGCAACAUUCUUUUGGACAUGGAGAUGAAUGCUAAAGUGUCCGACUUUGGCCUCUCUAAGCAAGUCACUCAAUCUGAUGCAUCUCAUGUCACCACAGUAGUCAAAGGCACUGCAGGCUAUCUUGAUCCUGAGUAUUAUUCCACUCAACAGUUAACAGAGAAAAGUGAUGUCUAUAGUUUCGGGGUUGUGCUUCUGGAGCUGAUAUGUGGCCGAGAACCGCUCACUCACACCGGCACUCCUGAUUCCUUCAAUUUGGUUUUAUGGGCUAAGCCAUACUUGCAGGCUAAUGCAUUUGAGAUUGUGGAUGAGAACAUAAAGGGAAGUUUCGACGCAGAAAGCAUGAGAAGGGCUGCCCUGAUUGCUUGCAGAGCAGUCGAAAGAGAUGCAAUGCGCAGACCAACUAUUUCAGAAGUGCUGGCUGAGCUCAAAGAGGCUUACAGUCUCCAGAUCGCCUAUCUUGCAUCUUCUGGACUUGUAAAUUAAUAUGUAUGCAUUAGUAUUCUUUAUGCAUGAGAGCAUUUAUCAUAAUAUUUUGUGCCGCAUACUUUGCCUCAAUUGAGAGAAAGAGGAGAGAGGAGGCAUAGUCUAUACUCUAUACCAUGAGAGAGUUGGAUCUUGGCAGGCUGAGAUAAUGGCUUAAGUUAUGUGAAAAUGGAAGUUGGGUUCGGCUUGCUGCCUUAGAGCUAAAGCAAGCACUUCUCCACUUACCAGGUCAGGAACUGUUGAAUAUAUAUAUAUGUCAUAUUGUAUCUUUAUUCUGCUUUUACAAAUGUUUUUGCUGUUAGAA